UCACUGUCAAUUCUUGUCAUUUCUCUGUUGUUUCUGUCUCUUGGCACGAGUGAAAUCAAGUCACUGUUGGUGAAUGACCGCCAAACAUUAUUGGAUCUAAGACACCCUGUCAACAAUGUAUCUGCAUUGGCUACUUGGAAACAUAACAUUUUUCCUGAGCUGUCGGGAUAUCCAGCUCACCUAUACCAGACACCGGCGCUGCCUUCCCGGCGGAAACGUCAUCGCCGCCGCGGUAAACGCGGUGGACGCCUGGUGAGGCUGAGGGUCUGCUUGUCGUGGUCCAAAUGUUUUCGGACAGUCCCUGUAAUGUUCACCAGUGUGUUUUUGCCUCUGCGUUUUCUGGAGCCGGUGGAUCCUUGCCUGRUUCAUGUUGUUGGUGGGGAUGUGCCCCAGUGGAACAGACGCCUUUGCCUGCACCGGCUCAGCAAGYGCGGAGUGAACCCGCAGAACCUGAAAUCGCUGAGUCGGGCCCAACGCGACAACCCCGCUCCUGCUCCAGCCAGGAUCRGCCUGGUAAAUGCCAGAUCGCUGGUAAAUAAAACCUUUAUUCUGAGACAUUUCUUCAUCUCCAAUAAUCUGGACUUCCUCUGCAUUACAGAGAUUUGGCUGAGUGAAGCUGAAUCAGCUGCUCUGUCGGAGCUUUUACCACCAGGCUGCUGUUAUUUUAAUUCUCCUUGAAAAUCGGGCCGGGGAGGUGGAACUGCAGUGGUGGAUAAUUUUUUUUUUAGUUGUAAACAGUGUUUUAAACAAYGUCAAUUCACCAGCUUCGAACUAACCACCUUUGAGGUGGGUCGUUCUGACCCGGUUCUGUGUGCUGUCAUCCACCGUCCACCAAAAUACAACCAGGAUUUUAUUAAUGAAUUUUCUGAAUUCCUCUCAGAGACUGUGAUGGACUAUGACCAUGGCCUUAUUGUUGGUGAUUUUAACAUACGUUUGUUGCCCAGAUAAACCUCUGGUAUCAGAAUUCUCAACUCUUAUUGACUCUUAAUUUGUUUCACUGUUUAUCUGGACCUACACAUGAAAAAGGGCACACGUUGGAUCUCGUGCUGYCUUUUGGAUUGCCUGUGUCUAGCCUGGAAAUUUUUGAUUCUGUAAUUUCUGAUCAUWUGCCUGUCAUAUUCCAGACUGUUUUUAAAAAUGCUUCUCUUAAAUCUCGCACUCCUGCUCAGAGCUGUCGGAUUAUUAACCCCUCCACUGCCAGUCAGUUUUCUGAARUGUUCUCCCAGCUCUGUCCACCUGCUGCUCCAACUGAUGCUGAGGAGCUUAGUUCUUGGCUCCACUCCUCAUGUCAGACUGUACUGGAGUCUGUGGCUCCUUUAAAAACCAAACAGCCUAGAACUAAACCUGAACCGUGGUUUAACGAAAGGACUCGAGCUGUCAGACAAGAAUGUCGCAGAGCGGAAUGCAAGUGGAGAAAAGACAAGCUGCAGGUGUCCGUUCAGUUGUUUAGAGACUGCUGGCGUAAUUACCAGGACACAGUAAAAUGUCCAAAAAGGAACACUUCUCUAACGUAAUUCUGUCUCACAGCCACAACCCCCGUGUUCUCUUCACUACUAUUGACUCUUUCCUUAACUCUCCUCACACUGCUGGUUCAGAAGCAUCUGCUCAGCUUUGUAAUAAUUUUAUGCAGUUUUUUAUUGAUAAGUUUACCUCCAUACGGGCCUCCAUUUUACGCCCAGACUCUGACCCCUCUGUGUGUAAGCCCUGUUCUGUGGUUUUUAAUCAGUUUGAACCAGUGUCUUUGUCUCUGUUAGGAUAUGGUUGCCCAGAUUAAGCCCUCUGGUUCUCCAUGUGAUGCCCUUCCACCACAUUUUUUAAAAUAAGUUUUCCCUUGUUUUAGGCACUCAGUUCUUGCCCUUUUUAACAGUAGUUUGUUAUCUGGUGUAGUUCCUGCAAAUUUUAAACAUGCUGUGGUGCACCCCCUGUUAAAGAAACCUGGUCUUGAUCCCACUGUACUGGGGAAUUAUAGGCCCAUCUCCAAGCUGCCUCUACUGUCAAAAGUUUUGGAAAAAAUUGUUUACGUGCAGCUAAAAUCCUUCCUAGAUGAACAUAAUAUCAUGGAUGUGUUUCAGUCAGGUUUCAAAAUUCUUCAUAGCACUGAAACAGCCCUGCUGAGAGUUUAUAAUGAUAUUCUUUUGGCAUGYGACUCUGGUGAUUAUGUUAUUCUUGUUUUACUGGACUUAACCGCUGCAUUUGAAACAGUAGCCCACAGCAUUUUGUUGAUGCGUCUACAGCACCAGGUAGGCAUCAGUGGCACUCUGCCCUGGACUGGUUAAGGCCCUAUCUGGCAAACAGAACAUUUUCAGUAAAAAUUGCAGGAUUUGAAUCCUUUUCUGCUCCUCUGUCAUGUGGGGUUCCCCAGGGUUCAAUUUUGGGGCCUUUGCUUUUUUCAUUGUACAUUCUGCC